GCCAAUGCAACUCAUCUGAAUGCCCAUGGAGGUCUAGGCGGAAAGCAGCAGGUAGAGGCGUGCCAUGGAUUGCACCAUCAAGGAGGCGCUGUCGGUUGUAAGUGAGGACCAGUCCAUCUUCGACCCAUCCUUUGCCUCCUCACACCUCUUGAAGACUGAGGUGUCUCCAGUGGACGAUUAUGGGAGCAAGGAAGAGCCAGGGUUGGAAGAUCCCACGUGGUCAGCCCAGGUCAAUAGCCGAGGCCAUAUGGUGAAGCAGGAGAACGAACAAGUCAAUUGCUCCAGCAGCAGACCAUCACCGGUGGAAUGCAGUACCACCUGCAGGAACAAAGUGGAGGCGGCGGUCGACACAUCCCAAGUGCCCUACCCAACUGGAUACCCCAACCAGCGUAGUCCCCCUGUUUCUUCAUCCAGAGAGGAGAAGGUCAUUGUUCCAGCAGACCCAGGUGUUUGGAGUUGCGACCACGUCCGUCAGUGGCUGGACUGGGCAGUGAAGGAGUAUGGCCUUCCGGACAUCGAUACCAGCCUCUUUCAGCACAUCGAUGGAAAGGAGCUCUGCAAACUUGGGAAGGAAGGGUUCCUACGCCUCACUUCUCCCUACAACACCGAAAUCUUGCUGUCCCACCUCACCUACCUGCGCCAAAGCAGUCCCACUUUCACUUAUCCAUCUGCACCAGUUAUCACCCAACAGCCUCCUCCGCCUCCACCCAGGGUCCAAGUUAAAUCUGAGUCUGCCUACGAUGAAAUCCGGAGAAGCAGCUGGGGCAGCAGUACAGUGAACACCACUCCCAAAGGUUCCCCACCACAGAUCCAAACGGUGAGCCGGAUCCCGGAUUCUACACGCAUGGCACCUGUAGAUCCAUACCAAGUCCUUGGGCCCACUAGCAGCCGCUUGGCAAAUCCAGGUAGCGGUCAGAUCCAGCUGUGGCAAUUUCUCCUGGAGUUGCUCUCGGACAGCAACAAUGCCAGCUGCAUCACCUGGGAGGGGACCAACGGUGAGUUCAAGAUGACGGAUCCCGACGAGGUGGCGCGACGUUGGGGCGAGCGCAAGAGCAAGCCCAACAUGAACUACGACAAGCUGAGCCGGGCGCUGCGCUACUAUUACGACAAGAACAUCAUGACCAAAGUGCAUGGCAAACGCUACGCCUACAAGUUCGACUUCCAGGGCAUCAACCAAGCCCAACAGGGGCAGCCGGGGGAGCCAGCCCUUUACAAAUACCACCACACGGAACUGCCUUACCUGCCCCCCUACCACCAGCAGAAGAUGGGCUUCGGCCUGGGCCACAGCACGCAGAUGCCCGCCUCGUCCUCAGGUUUUUUCGGCCCACCUGCCCCGUUUUGGAAUUCCACAGGGGGCAAUCUCUAUCCGAACCCCCCGGUGUCCAGGCAGGCUACCAACCACCUGGGCUCUUUCUUCUAAUCUCCAGAAAGUCCUUGGAGCGACCUGAACUUCUACCAGAAGAUCUCAAUUACACAAACGUCCACCACACCCAGAAACUGGGAUACGGGGAAUAUCAUCUUGAACGUAUUCGUGGUCAUCAUGAAUAAAGAGGGCGGGGGGGGAGUACCACUCCCCGCCACCAGCAGGCGCUGUUCUGCUGCACUAUCAAAACAAUUGUGUGAUCAUCUAAUCCACUCCUGGACUUAAGCUGGAAGACUUUAGCAGCCAGAUUUUGUGCUAUCUUCACCUGAAUUUUGCAGAGAUAACCUGGAUCUCUGAAUUAUAGGAGACACAGAUGAGUUGCCUCAGCUUACUUAAUUCCCCACCCCCACCACCCUCCAUCUAGUAUUACACCAUGUACAUUAUGGAAGCAGGAGUGGUAUGUUUCUUCGUAUAUGAAGUAGCGGCAAGGAUGAGGUUAUCACCUUAUGCCAGUGUUCCUCAAUCUUGGCAACUUGAAGUUGUGUGGACUUCAACUCCCAGAAUCCCUCACCCCCCCAGCAUGCUGGUCUUGCAUCCUGAAUGGAGAAUUCUGGGAGUUUGACAUCUACUCAAGUUGCCAAGGUUGAGAAACAUUACUUUAACGAUUGCAUUAUAGUCAUUUUUAAUCUUUUCAGAAGUCAAAGUCCCGUCUAAACCCAAAUGUCCAACAUUUUCCCUCUGGUGCUGGCUCUGAGCCAUUAAAAUACUUAAGUUGCAGUACUAGAAGGAUUUUGGGGAGCUGCCUUCCCAAAAUAUUUCAGAGUUUUCUUUAGUCAGAUUUAUUAAAACGUAUGGGGGAUAUCUAGAAUUCCGGGAACUUUUCUCAAUUUAAAACCAGUAUAUCCUUAAGUAGUUUAGGGAGAUUUUCUGAAUUUUCCCCCUUAACCACCUAUACUCUAUAAGUCCCUCUAGUGAUAAUGUUUUCAGGUGGGCCUGCUGAAUCAUUUUCAGUUUGGAGACCAACUCUUGCAAAUUCAAUUUCAGAUGAGGACCAAAUUCAACAGACUCGCUUUCUCAAAACUAGGACAUUCCAGAGGUGUGGACUAGGAGGCCCAUGAUUCCCAGCUAGCUAGUUAAAAAUGUUUAUUCUUUUGGAAUUAUGGGAAUGGUUGUUCCAAUGCAUCUCAAUUGGCCCAGACUGGCAAAGAUUGAAGUUCUUGGGGAAAGAAAGAAGCAAAAAGUUAACUAUAGUCCUGUUUGCUCUUAUAAAAUGUAAUUUUCCUUGGAAUUUCAGAAAGUUUCAUACGACGACAAGGGGGGUGGGAUGGGUGAAUGGACUUUUUUUACUCGUAAUAUGGAUGGCUCAAUGGAAGCACAAUAAGUGUAUAAACUACUGAAGCUGUAGGGUGGACUGAACAGCAAAAACAUGGCUUUAGAUGUUCCUCUCUGGAAAGAGCUACCUGCAAUUUUAAAACUAACAGUAAUGUUACUGUACUAGCUUUCUAUUUAUAGGAAUACCUCAUCCUUAUUAUUAUUAUUAAUAUACACACUGGAAUCCAACACCUCUAGGCUGCAGUAGCAUAGUACUCUAUGAUCCUAUGGGUAUCAAGUCAAAUAGUCAGGUAGCAAUGGUAUAACAAGCCAUUGUGUGUAUAGAGACUAAAGGAUCUUGCUCCAACAGAAUAGGGUUUCUCAACCUCUGCAACUUUAAGAUGCGUGGACUUCAACUCCCAGAAUUUACCAUUCCCAGCACGUCGGCUGGGGAAUUCUGGGAGUUGAAGCCCAAUCAUCUUAAAAGAUGCUGAGGAUCAGAAGCACUGAUGUAGAGCAAAGGGGGAAGGUUCCUCUCGUAUACCAACGUGUCCUGGUGUGGGUCCCAUUUCACUUAAGAACUUCUCUAACAAAUCAUGAAAUGGUGGAUCUGAAAGGGGCCUCAGAAGCCAUCUAGACAAACUCCAUCCAGGGUAGAAAUCCUGCACCUGUGGCUCUCAGAACAGAUGUCCCUCUUUGAGAACCUCUAAUGAGGACACACCACUGCGCAAGACUGAUCUCUCUACUACUAAAUAGUUCUUAUCGAUGAUGACGCUUCUCUUAAAAAAAAACCUCCCCCCCCCCCCCCCGUGUUUAAAGAACUAUUUUUCUAAUUUCAAAUGCUGAAAAUCCACUCAUUGGGAAGUAGACGGUUUUGCCCGGUGGAAGAAAUGGCUUACACUUCGCAAUCUUGAUGUAUGUACACUCUCUUUGUGCAUAAAUCAGGAUUUAAACAAACUUUUGUAUUUAUAUCAUUCCAAAGAUAUAGUGACUUCCAACCAGGUGGGGGGAAUGGAGAGGAGCCAGGGGGUGGGUGUUACUCAGCAAAUAUUCCUUUACACCAGGGGUGUCAAACUCAAGGUCUUGGGGGGGGGGGCGCAUCCGGCCUGCGGGGUGUUUAGAUUUGGACUGGGGAACCACCCUGGAAACAGCGAAGGGCUGGCCCACGGUGCCUCUGCCAGCAAAAAUGGAACUUGAGAGGAAUGCAGACGAGCACCGUUUUCAUUGGCAGAGGGUUGCAGGAGGCUGUCGCAACCUAAAACGGAGCUCAGGAGCUCAUUUUCACUGGCAAAGUGCUCAGGACACCACAGGCAACCCUGACACGAGUGACAUUGAGCUGGCCACACCCACCCUGUCACCCCCGAGGUCAGACACAACCCUGACGCAGCCCUCCAUGAAAUUGAGUUUGACACCCCUGCUUUACACCAAUACAGUCAAUCCAUUUUCAGUAUGGGCAAUGGACACAAUAUUUGCAACAUGUGAAGUACAGGUCACCCUCAACUCACGAGCAGAACCCAAAAUUUCCGCUGCUGAGCAAGACCCUCGUUGGGUGAGUUUUGCCCCUUUUUACCUACCACGCCACAGUUGUUAAGCGAAUCAUUGCAGUAAACAGGGUUAUUAAAUGAGUCUGUCUUCCCCACGGACUUUUGCUCAUCAGGAGGUCGCUAAAAGAUAUCACAUGACCCCAGGACAACGGAACCGUCAUCUAAACAUGACAGUUGCCAAGUGUCUGAAUUUUGAUCACAUGACCACGGAGGGAUGCUGCAGUGGCUAUAAAGCGUGGAAAAGAAAGAUAAUCCAUCACUGUUUUUUAUGUGUUGUUGUAACUUUGGGUAAUAAUCAGACGAAUGGUCGGAUGUCAAGGACCACCCGAAUAUAGAACUUCAGGAUAGUGCCUUUAGCCCACAAAAUCAUGUCUGUAGCAAUUUAACUGCCUUCUGCAACACAGAGAUGUACAGUAGUGCACUUAACUUUUGUGAAUAUUUUCCCCUCCCCAAUGCAACCACACACACCACUUCUCUGUUCUAGAACUCCAUUGUUUUGUACUUGUUUACUGUGUAUUAAAAGUUUGUGUUGUGAUUUAACUGAUGAAGCUCUGUGGAUUUGAUGGGCGAGUCACAGGAACGCUUGGGUGACUGUGGGGGAAAAUACCCUUGAAGGAACGUGGGGAACUUGUAACAU